GGGGGGUGGGAGAUAUGUUUUAAAAGAAAAAAUCGGGGGGAAUUCAUUUUGGAAGCAUCAACUAGCUGUUAAUAGCCGUUAUAUGGGCCCCACACACCUGAAAUCAAACGAAAAAUUGAAAAAGGUGGUAAUCUGCGUAAUUAAAUAUUUUAGUGGGUGGUAAUUUAAAAUAAAAUUUUUAAUGGGUGGUUAUUUAGAAAAUGAACCUAUUUUUAGGUGGUAAUUUGCAAAUUUUCCUUAAAAAAAACUAAUAAAAAUGAAUCCCCUUUAGUAAUAAGUAAUAAUGCAAAUAAUUUCAACAAAUUAAUCUCUUAACCCAUACUCUUUGUUAAUAGACCCCUUUUUCCCGCUUCACUUUCGCUAAAUCAUACUCUCACGUUUUCCUUCCCCCUUUUUUCUUCCCCACCUCUUUCUGUCUUCCUCCCUCCCUCCUUCGCCGGAAAACGCUACUUUACGCCGGAAACCGCCUUCUUCCUCUCGCACCCUUCAAUCUUCUCUCUUCAUUCCGCUCUCCAAAACGCUGUCGUUUUCUACCUACCACCGCCACCUUCACUGAGCGCCGCCGCAUCCACCGCCGGAGUUUUUGUUCAGUCACCUGCCGGUCAACCUCUUCUUUGCCGCCAAUGUGAUUACCGGCUACUUUCGGUUGUUCGCAUUCUUCACCGGUUAUAUUUACUCCAUCUUUUCGCCGCAUUGAAUUUCUGGAUUCAGGUUAAUACUUUGAACUUGGAAUGGUGAUUGUGUGAGAUAUACUGGUGAUUCUUAUUGAGAAUUUUGAACCCAUGGUAGACAGGAGCUCCUCUUCAAUGGGGUUUUACUGUUGGAAUUCCUUGUUUUAUUGGCUUUGUCUAACAAGCAUCCUCUUCCUACUAUCUUCCUUCUUUGUAUUGCGGUCAACAGGCCGGCCACAGUUUGUUUUUCGGCCUAGUUCAGAUGCUAACAUUGUGUCUGAUAAUAUUAAUUCUGGUGGAGGAGCUGCAGUAUUCUGUGAAAAGGUUAUAGCAGAACGUGGUGUGAGAAAAGAAGUACUGAAGGUUUUCAUGUAUGAUUUGCCACCUGAGUUUCAUUUUGGACUUUUGGAUUGGAAACCUGAGGGAUCUAAUGUUUGGCCAGAUAUUCGAACUACAGUCCCAAACUAUCCUGGUGGAUUGAAUCUACAACACAGUAUAGAGUAUUGGCUUACACUUGAUCUCCUCUUUUCGGAAUAUUCUGGCUCUUCAAAUUCUCGUGUUGCUGUGCGAGUGCGAAAUUCUAGUGAAGCAGAUGUGAUAUUUGUUCCCUUUUUCUCGUCUUUAUCCUACAAUCGCUUUUCAAGGCUGAGAAAGCAGGAAAGGACCAGUUUAGAUAAGCUUACACAAGAUAAGUUGGUACAAUAUUUAGAAGCUCAAGAAGAAUGGAAAAGGUCAGGGGGUGUAGAUCACAUUAUUAUGGCUCAUCAUCCAAAUAGUUUAUUAUACGCAAGGAACCAACUUUGGCCUGCAAUGUACAUACUCUCAGAUCUUGGGAGGUAUCCUCCAAAUAUAGCAAAUGUUCAGAAAGAUAUCAUAGCUCCUUACCGGCAUGUUAUCAAGUCAUAUGUCAAUGAUACAUCAACUUAUGAUAGCCGUCCAAUCUUACUGUUCUUCCAAGGUGCCAUUUACAGAAAAGAUGGUGGAGUGAUAAGGCAAGAGUUAUUUUAUCUCUUGAAAGAUGAAAGGGAUGUGCAUUUUACAUUUGGAAGUAUCCAACGAGGGGGUGUCAAUAAUGCUACCCAAGGAAUGCACUCCUCUAAAUUCUGCCUUAACAUAGCUGGUGACACACCAUCAUCAAACCGCCUGUUUGAUGCGAUUGCCAGCCACUGUGUCCCUGUUAUCAUCAGUGAUGAAAUUGAGCUUCCCUACGAAGACAUAAUUGAUUACUCGGAAUUCUGCAUUUUUGUUCGUACUUCUGAUGCCACAAAAGAGAAGUUUCUUAUGAAUCUUAUUAGGGGUAUUAGCAAGGAAGAAUGGACUCGCAUGUGGAGGAAACUGCAAGAAGUUGAGAAAUACUUUGAGUUUAGGUAUCCGUCAAGGGAUGAUGACGCUGUCCAAAUGAUAUGGAAGUCCAUAGCACACAAGGUGCCUGCAGUGAAGUUGAAAUUGAACCGAAAUAGGCGGCAUGUUCGUACCUCCAAUGUCAGUGUGGAUAGUGAACCUCCUGCUUUCAUGGUGCCGCAUAAUUUUUGGUAGGAGUCAACGUCUUCUUUGGAGGCCUGCAAUUUUUAGGGUCGGCCAAAGCUGCCUAACGUAGGUGAGAGACUUAGACAGUUACACUUACACAAAUUUUGUGAUCAUUUCAAACUCGAGGGAACAGAGCUUCAUUUCCCCUCUUUAGUUACUACUUAUGUAGCCAAUGAGCCAUCUUCCUGAAUCGAUUGUGUAUAGACGAUUUUUUCCCUAGGCAUCGGCUACAUCUCGAAAGUAGGCCGUUGUAUGUUUUAGGAAUUGGCAGUAAAGGAACACUUGAAGUUUAUACGGAGUAUGAUUGAUUCUUUUA